AUGGGAAUUCCUGUUGACAUGUUUUUUUUUUUUUUUUUUCUAUUUUGUUUUUUUAAUUUUUUUCUUUCUUUCUCUCUCUUUUUUUUCUUUCUUUCUUUCUCUCUCCUUUUUUUUUUUUUCUUUCUCUCUCCUUUUUUUCUUUCUUUCUUUCUCUCUCCUUUUUUUUCUUUUCUUUCUCUCUCCUCUCUUCCUUUUUUCUUUCUUUCUUUCUCUCUCCUUUUUUUUUCUUUUCUUUUUUCUCUCCUUUUUUCUUUCUUUCUUUCUCUCUCCUUUUUUCUUUCUUUCUUUCUCUCUUUUUUUUUCUUUUCUUUCUUUUUCUCUCUUUUUUUUCUUUCUUUUUCUCUCUUUUUUUUCUUUCUUUUUCUCUCUUUUUUUUCUUUCUUUUUCUCUCUUUUUUUUCUUUCUUUUUCUCUCUUUUUUUUCUUUCUUUUUCUCUCUUUUUUUCUUUCUUUCUUUUUCUCUCCUUUUUUCUUUCUUUUCUCUCCUUUUUUUCUUUCUUUCUUUCUCUCCUUUUUUUUUUUUCUUUCUUUCUCUCUCUCCCUUUUUUCUUUCUUUCUUUCUCUCUCCUUUUUUUUCUUUCUUUCUUUCUCUCUCCUUUUUUUUCUUUCUUUCUUUCUCUCUCCUUUUUUUUCUUUCUUUCUUUCUCUCUCCUUUUUUUUCUUUCUUUCUUUCUCUCUCCUUUUUUUUCUUUCUUUCUUUCUCUCUCCUUUUUUCUUUCUUUUCUUUCUCUCUCCUUUUUUUUUUUCUUUCUUUCUUUUCUCUCCUUUUUUCUUUCUUUCUUUCUCUCUCCUUUUUUUCUUUUUUUUUCUCUUCCUUUUUCUUUCUUUCUUUCUCUCUCCUUUUUUCUUUCUUUCUUUCUCUCUCUUUUUUUUUUCUUUUCUUUCUUUCUUUCUCUUUUUUUUUUUUUUUUCUUUUUUCUCUCUCCUUUUUUUCUUUCUUUCUUUCUCUCUCUCCUUUUUUUCUUUCUUUCUCUCUCUUUUUUUUUUCUUUCUUUCUUUCUUUUUUUUUCUUUCUUUCUCUCUCUCCUUUUUUUCUUUCUUUCUUUCUCUCUCUCCUUUUUUUUUCUUUCUUUCUCUCUUUUUUUUCUUUUUUUUUCUUUCUUUUUUUCUUUCUCUCUCUCUUUUUUUUUUUCUUUCUUUCUCUCUCUCCUUUUUUCUUUCUUUCUUUCUCUCUCCUUUUUUUCUUUCUUUCUUUCUCUCUCCUUUUUUCUUUCUUUCUUUCUCUCUCCUUUUUUUUCUUUCUUUCUUUCUCUCUCUUUUUUUUUCUUUUUUUUCUUUCUUUCUCUCUCUCCUUUUUUUCUUUCUUUCUUUCUCUCCUUUUUUUUCUUUCUUUCUUUCUCUCUCUCCUUUUUUUUCUUUCUUUCUUUCUCUCUCUCCUUUUUUUUCUUUCUUUCUUUCUCUCUCUCCUUUUUUUUCUUUCUUUCUUUCUCUCUCUCCUUUUUUUUCUUUCUUUCUUUCUCUCUCUUUUUUUUCUUUCUUUUUUUCUUUUCUCUCUCUCCUUUUUUUCUUUCUUUCUUUCUCUCUCUCCUUUUUUUCUUUCUUUCUUUUCUCUUUUUUUUUUCUUUUCUUUCUUUUUCUUUUCCUUUUUUUCUCUCUCUCCUUUUUUUCUCUCUCCUUUUUUUUCUUUCUCUCCUUUUUUUUCUUUCUCUCCUUUUUUUUCUUUCUCUCCUUUUUUUUCUUUCUUUCUUUCUCUCUCUCCUUUUUUUUCUUUCUUUCUUUCUUUCUCUCUCUCCUCGAAAAUGGAAACAAAACUGACCUCCAGGGCAGGACAUCCCAUGAAGCCCUCAUGCAUUUUUUGGAUGAGGAAAUUGGUCUCAUGGAAACCAUGAAAAAAUGCAUUAUGAUCCAUUUAGAAGGAGACAAAAAGUAUGUGGAGAUGCUCUCAAAUUUCUUACAAGCUGCUCAAAAGAUAGGAACUGUACAAUUUGAGACUUCAAUUUACAAGGCUUGGAACUGCAUUGUCCAAGAAACAGAUAAAAUGAUGCAACGUGUCCGUCAAAACAUUGAAGGCUUGAAUUCCAAAGUUUUAAAAGUUUUGGGAAACUUGAUCACAGAAAAAAAAACAGCCAAGAAGGUUUACACAGAAGGGCGAAACCGACUUGAGGAAGAAAACCUAAAGGUAGAGGAUGAUGUUGGAAAAUAUCAAAAUGAGUAUGCAAAAACAAUGGAAAAAUAUCGAGUUGACAAGGCAAGAUAUGAAGAUGUAUUUGCAAAAGGCAAGAUGAAUAAGAAACUUGAAGACACAAAGGCUCAUUAUUUGCGGACGACUGCUCGGUUGCAUAAGCUUCAUAAUGACUACAUCAUUGCACUCCAAGUUGCCUCUCUGCAUCAGAAUAAUUACCUCACCAGCCUCCUGCCUGCCCUUCUCACAUGUCACAGGGAUACACACACCCAUCUAACUGACGGAUGGUCGAUAUGCCGUAAAACCAAACUCUCUCUUGCACGCACUCUCUCUCUUGCACUCUCUCUCUUGCCCUCGCUCUCUCUUGCACUCUCUCUCUUGCCCUCGCUCUCUCUUGCUCUCUCUCUUGCCCCUCGCUCUCUCUUGCACUCUCUCUCUUGCCCUCGCUCUCUCUUGCCUCUCUCUCUUGCCCUCGCUCUCUCUUGCACUCUCUCUCUUGCCCUCGCUCUCUCUCUUGCACUCUCUCUCUGCCCUCGCUCUCUCUUGCACUCUCUCUUGCCCUCUCUCUCUUGCCCUCGCUCUCUCUGCACUCCUCUCUCUUGCCCUCGCUCUCUCUUGCACUCACUCGCACUUGCUCUCUUGCACUCACUCGCACUCGCUCUCUCUUGCACUCACUCGCACUCGCUCUCUCUCUCAUUCUCUCACUCACUCUCUUUUACUCUCUCUAUCAUGCUCUCUCUCUCAUGCUCUCUCUCUCUCUCUCUCUAUCUCUCUCUCUCUCAUACAUACACACUAACAUGA